GUGUUGGGUGUUUUGAUGUGCUCGGGGAUUCCAUUCUGUGCAACAAGAGGGCCCCCACCUUAAAUGUUACCCUGUCGCCAGAAAUGCUCAGGAUUGGUCAGGCACUGAUCAGCUGGUUUCUUUCCCCGCGGUCUCAGAUUGGCACCUCGCCACCCCCCUUCGGCUAAAACCAAAUCUCAGAUAAAGUAAUGGCAAAAACCACUUGGACUAUAAAACACAACAAAUCAUAACACUCGGACAAUAACACUGGCCACCCCAUGAGUUCCUAUUUCGUCAACUCAACUUUUCCCGUGUCUCUACCCGGGGGACAGGAGUCUUUCUUGGGUCAGAUACCGCUAUAUUCCUCUGGAUAUACAGACCCUUUAAGACACUAUCCAAGCGCCACUUUCGGAGCGACCAAUGUCCAGGACAAAGUUUACACCUCGUCGUACUACCAGCAAGCUGGAGGGGUUUUUGGGAGAGCCGGAUCCACCAGUGCUUGUGACUAUACUACAUCCAACCUUUACCGAAGCGCGGAGCGUUCGUGCGCUCUCGGAGGUUUGGAAGACUCGCUGGUCCUAACCCAGGACCAGUGCAAGACGGACUGCACUGAACAGGGCACAGAAAGAUAUUUUAACAGUGAAGACAAAUCGUGUACCCCGGUUUACCCGUGGAUGCAAAGGAUGAACUCGUGUAAUGGAAUGCCUGGCAGCACUGGUCGCAGGGGUCGUCAAACCUACACUCGGUUUCAGACACUUGAACUGGAAAAGGAGUUCCACUUUAACAGAUAUUUGACCAGAAGGCGAAGAAUUGAGAUAUCACACGCUCUGUGUCUGACGGAGCGACAAAUAAAAAUAUGGUUUCAAAACCGUAGAAUGAAAUGGAAAAAAGAGAAUAAAGUGAUGAACUCCACAAAAGCCAGCGAAGAGGAGGAUGGUGGAAAAGCCGAAUAAAUGUUAAAAACAAUUUAUGAGGAAUCCCUAAAACGUUGUACAUAUCAUGUAGUUUAAUUAAUUAACAAGUACUGUGCUGCCCAACAAGAAAACUACCUAUUACAUUAAUGUAGACAUAAAAUCUUCAAGAGAGACAUUUCCUUGUGAUUAAACCACGGUUUUGUGGUUUAAAACUAGGCAUCCACACCAUCUCUGUAAUGACAAGAAAAUAUAUGGGAGAUAAUUUAACCACUAUUGUGUUUGGCCUAUCUAUAAUAAACUAAUAAGACAGCCGCUGUCUCAUUGUUUGAACGAUUCUAAUGUCUGUUUGAAGGAUAACUUGAGUUCCUGUUUAACAUGCUUAAAGCUUUGAUCUGAAUAUGUAUUUUAGUCCAUGUUGUGUGCUAGAAAGGGGGAUAUUUUGAUGUUUAAUUUAUUGGGGCGUCAUGUUUGUGUAUGUGUAUGUGAAUGCACUAAGAAUAAUACGUUAGCAAUGCCAU